AAAUCCUCCGGGUAGCAGUAGCACACAACAAUGUCCGUGGCGAGUUAAGCUCUUGCUUUCACCCCCACUUUCCAUAUAGGCGGCGUAAGUCCGUGACUACGUAGAAUGGAACGGCUGAGCGGCGAGCAUGAGGAGCUGAGCCUGGAGCUCACCCUCCGCCCCAUGUCGCCGGAGCCCCACCUCUUCGGCUUCUUCCUCUGCGUGUACUGCCACCGCAAGUUCCUCACCUCGCAGGCGCUCGGCGGCCACCAGAACGCGCAUAAGCACGAGCGCAGCAUCGCCAAGCGCCGCCUGCAGGCCGCUGCCGCUGGGGUGGGUGCGCCUGCUGCGGCCCAGGACGAGAGGCUGCACUCCUUCGCCGGCAGUUUCGUGUCAGCGGCUGGGACGGCUGCUGCUGCUGCUGUCCAGGCGCACAAGCGCGGCUGGAGCUGGUCGGAGCACGGCGGCGCCGUGGUCGACGUCGACUUGUCUCUCCGUCUAUGAUAGCUCUGCUAACUGGUCCCUCUUCUCCAGAUGCACCAGUUGACCGGCGCAAAUCCGCUAGCUCUUUCGGUACUAUACCUCCAUUGAUCGAUCGCCACUGGCUGUAUAUGUUUCGGCUAUAAUAGUACUGCAAGGCUGCAACAUAUCUUCUACGGUAAAUGUUACCCACCUUGCGUUCUCCAGGAGAGGGGUGGCAAUUGAACGGCAUUUGACGACAGUUCUAUUUGUGAAGAAAAAACAAACGAUGACAGUUUUUAAACAAAAGAUGUCUUUUCUGAAGAAACUGUCAACCCCUCAGAACUAAAAAAUGGCACCUGAAACGUUCAGGUGUGCCACCAUUUCCCGCGAACGUUCACCGGUUAUGAGCGUCCAUCUUCUGUCUCCUUUUUAUGGAUAUAGAUACUGCAGAAUGUAAGACAUGCACAUACUGAUGACUGAUAGAUAUGGAAAUACACUCCUAGCUAAUGCUAGACAUACAGGCUUUUACAGGAUUUCUA